GAUAAGAGGCAGAGCAGCUGCUCCCAUGUGAUUUCAGCUUCCCUAAUCAGAAGAGGAUAAGGAAAGACAACAAAAGUGUCCUUGGGAAGGCAGGAGGAGGGAUGCAGCACCUGCAGAAUGAGACGCCACCAAGAAAGUGCCAGAUCCACCGUAGCUCUGCGGUGAUCGUCUCCAGGCUCCCGGGACUGCCAGGACAUCCAGCCAAGGAUUGGUGAGAUCUUAUUAUCGGGAUUCCUACUACUCCUCUGCUUUGCUUCACCUGUUCCCGCAUCCCUUCCCCAUCCCCUUCCCGGGAGCCGGCGGGUCGCACCAGCCGCCCGCUCGGCCGCGGCCACCUCAUCCCCAUCUUCCCCUUCCCUCCCUGCCAGGUUCGGCAUCCCCUCGUGGGGGCUUUUUGGAAGGGUAGGUUGCAGCCUUCCUCUGCGGGUGGGUUGGCGGUGCGGGUGUUAUGGUAGCUUUGCCCUGAGACUGAGCUGUCUUGGAUCUCAUUCCCCUCAACCAUGAUGUCUGACAUUGUUAGUAACUGGAAGCUGGAGCAGUUUGUGCUCCAGAAGUGUCUCCCCCCAAUUUGGUCUCCAGGGUCCUUCCAGGGUGCAGACGCAUACCAGCAGCUCUGCCAGCAGUGGGAGAGCUGGUCAGAGGAGUCCAAAAAACCUAAACCCACAAACAAGUGCAAGAAGCGGGCGGCUUUGCAGGGUUUAUUGAUGGUGGGCAGGGAGUUGUCCAAAUUGCUGAAGGAGGCUCUUGAGAGUGUGAAGACCUUAGAGGAGGCCAAGGGUGAGCUCAGAAGGCAGGUGGACAACCUGCAGGCAGAGGUGCAGGGUUUGCGCGGGGACUCUUUGCGGAACGCGGUAGAGAUCAACCGGCUGGAGAACAAGCUGGGCUACGAGAAGCUGAAAACGGAGGAGCUGGAGAAGGAGGUCGGGAAGUGGAUCGGGGAGACCCAUGACGCGCAGAGCGCGGUGCGGGCGGUCCUGCAGGAUGUCCAGCGGGACCGGGGCACUGGUCCUGAUCACAAGGUGUGCCACGCCAAGAUCCAGGAGCUGCAGGCAGAGCUUGGGGUGUCAAGGGGCAUUGUGGCUGCCAUCCAAGGCAAGAGGACCCGGUUUGGGAACAGUGAAGGGGAGGACUCCCUGGACUCACAUCCACCCCAUUAUGACUAUGAGGAUGAUGUCUGGGGUGCCAACGGCCCCACCAGGCCAUCCCCGUACGCUCCUCUGCGGGAGGAGGUGUGCCAGCUGCAAGGAGGGGACACGGAGGCUUCCAAAACUAAAAAGAGCCCCCCGGAUGAGCCAGCCCACCACGGCCCGCUCCAGGCCAUAGACACCAACAGGGCUGUGCUCUGGUUUACCCCUGAGCAGCUCAAGACAGUGGGGAAGAUGCUGGGGCCAUUGACGAAGGACACAGCGGUCAACUGGCUGUCCAGAGCCCAGCGGCUGCCCAGGUGCCAGAGCGUCAACGCGGUGAGUGACCUGAUAGACGUGGUGAGAAAGUGCAUGAAACCGGAUGAUUUCGCGGCGCUCCCGGGGGAUGUGCAGAUGGGCAACGUGCAGAACAUUGGGGAUGUCCAGUCAGCCGUGCUGAAGGUGUUCUUCCCAGAGGUUAACCCCUUGGUGCUCUUCCACCAGGAGAGGCAAAGCCCAGAGGAGCGGCCGGACGCCUACGUUAACCGUAAGAAGAUGCUCUACCAGAUGGCCGGGCUGCCCGGCUCAAAGGAUGCCCCCCUUGAUUUUGACAGGCCUGAAUUCAAGGAGCCACUAGUGAUGGGGCUGACCCCCCCACUGCGGGUGAUUGCUGGUGGGGAUGCGGCCAGGAAGCCGCUGUCAGAGCUGGAGCAGAUCCUGACCCAGAAUUUCGAGUUGCAAAAGCAGGCGUUCCCGGGGUACAUGAUGGGGGGGAAGAAAGGGAAACUCUUGGCCGCCUCCUUCCAAAAUGCAGGCAUGAGAAAAAUGCAAGGAGACAACCGCAAAGAUCCUGACAGCAAGGGUGGUGUGGGGAAGGAGAACCAGCCAGGGCUGAGGUUUCAAAAGUCCAACCCUUGGCGGGCUGAGCUGAGGAAACGCUUGAUUAAAUACGAGAAGCAGGAGGAUAUUGAUGGCUUGCCGGAUGCUGAGCUCUUCCAAAAACUGGCCCUGCAUGAGGCCAAAAAGCACAGCAGCUCCAACCCGAUUGACCCGGGGUCUAAAGUUCAACAAUAGGGCUGCCAGGCACCCGCAUCGCCCCUUUUUGUGGCACCGAUUAAGACCGAUUUGUGGGGGCGCCUGAUAGUUGAUAUAACUAUUGGAGGAGGGGUGCUUGGACAAGUGAUGUUAAUUGAUACUGGUGCCUCUUAUUCAAUUCUGAAUAUGGUCCCUGG